CUCUCCCAUCUCUCCGCCACCGCCAGCGCACUGCGCACGAGCAGAAACAGCCGUACACCGUCAGCCCACCGCUGCUGUCGUUUGUCCGGGCUGUACAUAGCUGUGAGUGAUCCGUUCCCUCUGCGCGUGUGUACAUGCCGCCAAAGCCCAUCCUCCCCUAUUAACAGUUUCUGCUUUCUUGCGUGACAACUUCUUGAUCUGUGUGAGAAUCCGGCUGUAGUACUGGUUGGUGUGCAUACGUACGCGCGCCGGCUGCAGGCGUGUUUGAGUUUGCUGAUGUUCAUCUAAGUAGCCCGGGAGGACUCGGAGAUCAGAACUGACCGUGGUGACAAGGAGAUUGAUUUCGGUACAGAAACUGAAACGGUAAGAUGGUUAAUUUUGGAAAGAAGUUGAUGGCAGAUCAAGUAGAAGAGUGGAAAGGAUACUAUAUUAACUACAAGUUAAUGAAGAAAUUGUUAAAGCAAUACGUUCAGCAGACCCAGUUUGGUGGCAAAGAUCGAGAGCAGGUACUCAAAGAGUUUUCAAGAAUUCUUGAUGAACAGAUUGAAAGGAUUGUACUUUUCCUGCUACAACAACAAGGCCACCUUGCUAGCAGGAUUGAGGAAUUGAGAGAACAGCGUGCUGCUCUUCUGGAACAGCAUGAUAUAUCCCAUGUUUUCCAACUACGUGAGGCUUAUCGAGAAGUUGGGCGAGAUCUUAUAAAGCUUCUCCGCUUUGUUGACAUGAAUGCUACCGGUAUAAGGAAGAUACUAAAGAAAUUUGAUAAGCGCUUUGGCUAUAGGUUUACAGACUAUUAUGUCACAACUCGCGCAAACCAUCCUUAUUCUCAGCUUCAACAAGUCUUUAAGCAAGUGGGGAUUGUAGCUGUUGUAGGAGCUUUAUCGCGCAACCUUGCCUAUCUGCAGGAUCAUGAAGGAAGUGUUUUGUCCAUCUAUGAUCAUCCAUCAGUUACCUUAAAGGACCCUAUCAUAGACCAAGUAAAUCAUGCAGUACAGAAACUUACGCAUGCGACGAGUUUUCUGCAAUUCUUAGGUCAACACUCACUUAUCAUCCAAGAGGACAUGCAAAGUGGGUCCGAAGAUCUUAUCGAUGAUGAGAGCUACCAUUUCAUGUCUCUGUUACUCAACCUAGUGAACACCUUUCUAUACAUGGUGAAUACAUAUAUCAUUGUGCCAACUGCUGAUGACUACUCGGUAAGCCUUGGAGCUGCAGCGACAGUUUGUGGCGUAAUCAUUGGAUCAAUGGCAGUUGCUCAAGUGUUCUCCUCAGUUUAUUUCAGUGCAUGGUCAAAUAGGUCAUACUUCAGACCUCUUGUAUUCAGUAGCAUUAUGUUAUUCUCUGGGAACCUGCUAUAUGCAUUAGCAUAUGACCUGAAUUCUCUGACAGUUCUCCUGAUUGGGCGGCUACUAUGCGGGUUAGGCUCUGCAAGAGCUGUGAACCGUCGGUAUAUCAGCGAUUGUGUGCCUCUCAAACUAAGGCUACAGGCCUCUGCGGGAUUCGUCAGUGCUAGCGCUCUUGGCAUGGCAUGUGGCCCUGCUCUUGCUGGUUUACUCCAGACAAAAUUUAAGAUAUACUCGCUCACUUUUAACCAGAGCACAUUGCCUGGGUGGGUCAUGUGCAUUGCUUGGCUUGUUUACUUGCUGUGGCUGUGGAUAUCAUUUAAAGAGCCAGGACACUUUGAUAAGAGUUCGGACAGUGCGCAGCCUUCUGGACCUGGCCGUCAAGUCAGUGCUAAUCUGGAGGAAGGUCUAGCGCAACCAUUGCUUAUAGGUACGGCAGAGAUACAAGACCAAAAUUCUGAGGAUAAUGAUGAUAAUGAAGAAGAGUCUCAUAAUUCUCACGGGCCAGCAACAUCAAUUAGCUCGGCAUACAAAUUGUUGACGCCGUCUGUGAAGGUCCAGCUUUUGAUAUACUUUAUGCUCAAGUACGCUAUGGAAAUAUUGCUAUCUGAAUCAAGUGUCGUCACCACAUACUAUUUUAACUGGUCUACGAGUGCCGUGGCUAUCUUUUUAGCUAUUCUUGGGUGUACUGUUCUUCCCGUCAAUGCCAUUGUUGGAAGCUACGUUACGAAUUUGUUUGAGGACAGGCAAAUUUUACUGGCAUCUGAAUUCAUUGUCCUUGUUGGUAUAAUCAUGAGCUUCCGUUACACCCCUCACUACUCCGUCCCGCAGUACGUCUUGUCGGCUCUCAUCACAUUCGUGUUUGCCGAGGUCCUCGAAGGAGUGAACCUGUCGUUGCUUUCGCGAGUAAUGUCGUCGAGGCUCGCGCGAGGAACCUACAAUGGCGGGCUCCUCUCGACAGAGGCCGGGACGCUGGCCCGUGUAGUUGCAGACGCGACGAUUACCGCGGCCGGUUACCUAGGACCGGACCUCCUGCUCAACAUCACCCUGCUGCCACCUCUUGUCAUCUGCAUAGCCUCCAUCGUUGCAACAUUCUGCACAUACAACACCCUCUACUGAGGAAGUUGCCUCUCUCUGCACACUGUACAGCCAGUUAAAUUUUAUUCAUGCCCACAUUGGGCUGUACCGCUGUAUUGUACCUGUACCUGCAAUUCUGCAUGCAGUGGCAUUCUUUUCUUGUGCCAGCCUUCAGUAAACAGUGCAAUAAAAUGUUGUUCUAAAUUUACACAUAUGUUAUCUCGAUGUAAGCUCAUUGUCCUUAUGCAUUUAAGACCUGUUUUUUUGUUCUCGAUCUGUAUGUUUUUUCUCUGUACUGUAUUCCUGAGAUUGAAACCAUAGAUGCAUUGUGGGCAACAUCU